GGAAAAAGCGCUGAGUGAGGGCGGGCGGGCGGGCGGGAGGGAGGGAGUGGAGGAGCCGGGGAGGGGCUCCUUAAAGAAACGCUGCUGUCGCUCGCCUGCUCGCUUCUCGCUCGGCAUUGUGGCCAGCCAGCCGGGCACUCGGGGGGCACGCGCGGCUGCCGCUCGAGCUCUGCCCCCACCCCACCCGCCAGCAGAUCUGGGGUGGGGACCCAGGCGGCGGCUCCCGCAGCCACUGUCCGGCGCGGACCGCCAGGAACGAUCCACUCCUCCCGGAGCCGAGGAAAGAGCCACGGAGCUGUCUGCAGCCGGCCGGCCUCCCCGCCCCUGACCACUCGCUUCCCGGCUGCCUUUGUGGCCGAAGCUUCUCGCCGCCGAGCCCAGGGCCGGCGGGGGCGCGGCGCGCACGGCCGAGAGAUGCCCAGCUCGCUGUUUGCAGACCUGGAGCGCAACGGCAGCGGCGGCGGAGGGGGCGGCGGCGGCGGCGGAGGAGGCGGCGGCGGAGAGACCCUGGAUGACCAAAGAGCUCUGCAGCUCGCACUCGACCAGCUCUCCCUGCUAGGGCUGGACAGUGACGAGGGCGCGUCUCUGUACGACAGCGAGCCGCGAAAGAAGAGCGUGAACAUGACCGAGUGCGUUCCGGUGCCCAGUUCCGAGCAUGUCGCCGAGAUCGUGGGGCGGCAAGGUUGUAAAAUCAAAGCGCUGCGGGCAAAGACCAACACUUAUAUCAAGACCCCGGUUCGCGGGGAGGAGCCUGUCUUUGUUGUGACGGGCAGGAAGGAGGAUGUGGCCAUGGCCCGGAGGGAGAUCAUCUCCGCCGCCGAGCACUUCUCCAUGAUCCGCGCCUCGCGCAAUAAGAACACGGCGCUGAACGGCGCAGUGCCCGGGCCGCCUAACCUGCCAGGGCAGACCACCAUCCAGGUGCGCGUGCCCUAUCGCGUGGUGGGGCUCGUGGUGGGGCCUAAGGGCGCCACGAUCAAGCGCAUCCAGCAGCAGACGCAUACAUACAUCGUGACGCCCAGCCGCGACAAGGAGCCGGUGUUCGAGGUGACGGGUAUGCCGGAGAACGUGGACCGCGCCCGCGAGGAGAUCGAGGCCCACAUCGCCCUACGCACCGGCGGCAUCAUUGAGCUCACCGACGAGAACGAUUUCCACGCCAACGGCACGGAUGUGGGCUUCGAUCUGCAUCAUGGGUCCGGCGGGUCCGGCCCAGGCAGCCUCUGGAGCAAGCCCACCCCCAGCAUCACGCCCACUCCGGGCCGCAAGCCCUUCUCCAGCUACCGCAACGACAGCUCCAGCUCGCUCGGCAGCGCCUCCACAGACUCUUACUUCGGCGCGGGCACCAGCGGCAGCGCAGCCGCCACCCCGCGCCUGGCGGACUACAGCCCCCCCAGCCCAGCGCUCAGCUUUGCUCACAACGGAAACAACAACAACAACGGCAGUGGAUACACCUACGCGGCGGCGGCGGCGGGGGAGGCUUCGGUGCCUUCCCCCGACAGCUGCCCCGAGCUUCCGCCCGCCUUUGACCCGGCUCCCGCUCCACCGCCCGGGGCGCCCCUUCUCUGGGGCCAGUUCGAGCGGUCCCCGGGAGGCGGACCUGCAGCUCCCGCGUCCUCUUCCUGCUCGACCUCCGCAUCUUCGUCCGCUGCUUCGUCCUCCUCGGUGGUCUUCCCCGGGGGCGGAGCCAGCGCGCCCUCCAGCGCCAACCUGGGGCUGCCGGUGCACCGCCGACUGCACCCAGGUGCCAGCUGCCCGCGCCUGUCCCCGCCCUUGCACAUGGCCCCGGGGGCGGGCGAGCACCACCUGGCUCGUCGUGUGCGCAGCGACCCAGGCGGAGGGGGCCUGGCCUACGCCGCCUAUGCCAAUGGGCUGGGGGCGCAGCUGCCGGCGGGCCUUCAGCCUUCGUCGUCGGACGCGUCCGGCUCCUCAUCCUCGUCCAGCUCGUCCUCCAGCUCGUCCUCUUCCUCCUCCUCCUCCUCCGGGUUGCGGCGUAAGGGCAGCCGCGAUUGCUCUGUGUGCUUUGAGAGCGAAGUCAUCGCCGCACUGGUGCCCUGCGGCCACAACCUCUUCUGCAUGGAGUGCGCUAACCGCAUCUGCGAGAAGAGCGAGCCCGAGUGCCCGGUCUGCCACACCGCGGUCACUCAGGCCAUCCGCAUCUUUUCCUGAAGGCAGCGCGCGCUGGCGCGCACCGCGGGGCGAAGGAGGACCCCCCCCCCCUUCAGUCCUCACUCCCUGGCGACGCCUCUCUGCCUAACUCGAGGUGUCCCACCUUCUCCCCGCCCUCCUGCUCACACUCUGAGAUCCGAAGAGGAACUUGGAAAGCUGUAGUAUCCGCUCAUUUUUUUUUUUUUUUUAAUUUUUAAACAAAGGAACUUGCCAGGA